ACAUAAUCUCAUGGUAGAAGGAAUCUGGAAACAAUGUCUGGCUCCCUUCUAGAGCCAUGAGUGAUCCCACAGGAUCACUGUCAGUGAGAGGAAGAGGCGUUUAGCUGUCCAUCUUCCUCCACUGUGGAAUGCCAGCGUGUCCUUCCCUGUGCUCUGUGCAGCCCCGGAGAAGAGCAGAGAGGGAAGGGGCCGGGCCCAGGGCUGUGCCCCGGGGCUGAGCCUUGGGUGCAGCCUGAGGAUCUACAGUGUCACAGGAGCUGUUCUGUCCUGCCUUUCUUUGCAGCUCAACUUGUUGAUGACAGCGAUCCAGUUUCUAAAACCAUGUCCAUGAAUGAGCCUCUGAGAGAUGCUGAGAGUGUGGCUGCAGGGAGGACUUUUCAGGCUCCUUUGCUGGCAACUGCACACAAGCCCAGCUCCCAUCGCAGGGGGCCCCCAAUUAGAAAGAGCAAAGCUACAGAACACAAGAAACCCCAUGAGCCAUCCAAACACAUGUGGCAAAUGCUGAAGGAAAUCAAAGAGGCAGGACAAGAGAUGGAUGGAGAGGCUGUGCUGAAGGCUGAGUUUCUCAGAGGAAGCAGUGGCUCACUGGCAGCCUCUGCUGCAGGAAGGGAGGCGCUGCCAGGCACAGGAGAUUCGGACUGUGACUUGCAGCAUUUGGAAAUGCUGCUAAACCAUGGUUUAAGGAUCUUGGAGUCUGGUGAAGCUAAACGUGAGGAUGAAGAGGAUCUGGAUUCCCAACCCAUCCCCAUCACUGAGCCUCUGGGAUAUGCUGAGGGUGUGGCUGCAGAGAGGUCUUUCCCUGGUUCUUUGGUAGAUGCUGCUCAAAAGCCCAGCUCCCAUCGCAGGGGUCCCCUGAGAAGGAAGAGCAAACUUAGAGGAGACAUGUCCCUGGAGGCAUCCAAACACAUGGACAAGACGCUGAGUGAUCUGGAGAGACACAGGGAUGCAGCUGGAACCUCAGCACGUGGUGACAAAAUCUGGAAAAGCAUGAGAAGAGAUUUCUGCUGGGGAACAUCUUGUUUGAUGAAGAUGAUGGCCAUUGUGGCUGGUGCAGCAUUUGGCCUGAUGAUGUGCUCUGCGGGAAUCUGGUAUUGCUGGAAGACAAAAAGCAGCGCCUCUGCAGCUUCACAAGACCAGAUGACUUCAGCCAUGCAGAUCUGUGCCUAUCAUCAGCCUUUCCCAAGCCAGUUUCCAACAUGCCUUCCACAGCUGCAUUACCCACUUACUUCUGGGGACAUGCUGCCACCACCCAUAACAGAACCCUCUGUCCCCAAAGGGGAGCCCAUUCCUGUCAGUAGUAACACGACCAUCCCACCUUAGGACUGGGUUUUGUGAGAAACCACUGCACACUUUAAAAGUUUUAAAAUGUUUAUUAAACAUUUACAAAAACAUAAGAGAAGGACUAAUAAGGAAGAACAGGCCUGGGAAGGCCCCCUGCCCCAUGGCUGCUACCUGCCAGGUGGCUGCCUCAUCUUCAAGAUUGAUGCUUCACCUUUUACAUUCCUGGAGGGUGCAUCAGCCACCCCUGGGCCCUCCCAAAGUCUGUCAGUCAACCCUUCUUUGCCGUUUAUCGGUGGAAUUUAUUUCUUGUAGCUGCGUUUGAAGGUCAGGUGUUGUCAUGCCGUGUCCCCCCAGCAACAAGCUUUUCCAUUCCUAACUCUCCCAUGCAAGGGGUAUAUGUCGAUACCUAUUGUGGUGGACCCCCACUGCAGGGAAUGACGUGCAUUGACUCCAUGUUUGCAGAAGGAUGAAGAAAAGCUUUAUUAAGCUGUCCUAUAUUAUACUAUACUAAAAACUAUACUACUGCUAUGCUGAAGAAAAACCCGUGACCCUUAGAGACAGUCCAACACAGAGUGGCUCCAGUUGGUCAAAUGAAAUCAAAACACCAUCACCAGAGUCCAGUGAAGAAAUCCCUCUUUGGUAAACAAUCUCCAUAACACAUUCCACAUGUGCCAAACAACAGAUGCAGCAAAUGGAGAUAAUUGUUUUUCUUCUUUCUCUGAGCUUUCUCACAGCCUUCCCCAGGAUGUUCCUGGGAAAGCCUGUGUCUCUCACUGUUCAAAGGGUAUGUGAAUACCACACACGCCUUCUUUCUACCUGUCUAGACAGCCCAGGCUGUCUGGUGGGAACAAUUGGGAGUGGGGGGUGAGAUGUAUGAUUAUAAUUUACUCCAAUUAAAUAUUGUUGUAUUGAAUCAAGGCAAAUAUGAUUUGGCAUGUAUAAUAUUUAGUUAUUACACAAUACACAUACCAGCACUGUAAGCUGCCCCCCCCCCCCCACACACACACACGUAUUUGUUUACACCAGAGCCAGGUUUUUUUUGGACAAUGCCUCAUUUACAAUUUAAUACAUGUGGCUAUCCUGGAGAUGGGCUGUCCCAAAAGGAGAUACUGGAACACCUGGGAGCUGAUCAUCCUGGUAGCGACUCAAGAUUGGGAUCGCUGGAGUCCUCCGGGCUGAUGCAUCUGAAUGCCACGGUUCCCAUAACCUCAUCAGGAAAAAUUGUCCACAGCUGGACCUGGAUUGUUCAACCCCGGCUGAAAGAAAAGAACUUUAUGAAUAUGUGGGACUCUGAAUAGAGAGAAAAGGCAGGUGACUGAAAUCCUGGCCUCGGGCAGAAAAUUUCCUAUAAGAACUGCAGGGUCCGGGAGGGUGGUGUGUGUGUCCAGGGGAACCUCUGCCGAGAGGCUCCUUCCUGUCACGCACCCAGUGCCGAACCUGGGCUCAGCGCUGUCCUUUUCCUUUUGGCCUGCUCAGAGAGAAUUCAAUCCUGAAUAACUUUUUAUUGUUUCAUUUUUAAUUUGGCUGGACUAAUUUUCAUUUAUAAAAGGGGGAAGGGGACUGUGGGGAGAACGGAGAACAUCUAAACAACAAAUCACAAUAACAUAACUCUACAUCAAUAAAGCUUCUCUUAAGAUACA